AUGAUAAUUACUUAUAAUCUGUUUACGUUUCAGGAUAUCGAGCACUGCUACUACCACGGCACAGUGCAGGAUUAUCCGGGUGCCACAGCCGCCUUCCACACGUGUAAUGGAGUCAGCGGCGUGAUCCACGUGGGAAAUGAAACUUUUGUCAUCCACCCGUUCUACGGUGGUGACCUCUCGCAGAAACACCCUCACGUGAUAUUCGAGGCGAGAACGAAAGCGAACAAGGGCUGCGCGAACAGCGGCAACAUGGAGUGGCGCCUGAACCCGCACUCCGGCUUCCUGCCGAUGGGCGGCGCGAAGAUCAAGCGCGACGUGCGCGAGGCCACCAAGUACAUCGAGACGGCCAUGGUGAUCGACAAGGCGAUGUUCGAGAAGCGCAACGGAUCGACGCGAAUCGACGUCGUGCACGACUCGAUCCAGGUGGCGAACAUCGCCGAUCUCUACUUUCGCACGUUGAACACCAGGGUCUCGGUGGUCUACAUUGAAACCUGGCAAGGUAAGCAGAGAUGGGCGGUUCUAAAAAAAACCGGUUUUCGGUUAACCGGUAUAAAAAAAAUCCGGUUUAAUUUGCUCCGGUUAACCUGGUGA